AUGGGGAGACGCAUCGUGGAAAAACCUUGGACGGUGGUCGCGACUGACGUGAUGGGGCCGUUUCCUAGAAGUAGGGCCGGAUUCGCAUACGUAGUAGUAAUGCAGGACUUAUUUUCGAAGUGGAUCAAAGUCCGAGCUUUGCACCAGGCGAACGGCAAAAAGAUUCGCGACGCAAUCGAGGAUUUAGUGAUCACGCGAUGGGGGACCCCGAAGUAUUUGCUGACGGAUAAUGGGACGGAAUUCGUGAAUCGCGUAAUGUGCGAGUUCGCAAAAGAGCGCGGAAUCACACACACAACGAUACCGCCAUACCACCCUCAAGCGAACCCCGUGGAGCGGGCCACGCCCGCCUUUGUGAAUUUGGGACGGGAAUUAGAGCUGUCGAACUCAUUGAAGAGCGAUCGCGAGGGGGUAGGCGCGGUCGAGGCACAGGAUGCGGAAGUAUGGGCAACAAGGAUGAGAAAACUCAAGGUCUUACAUAAGUGGGUGGCCGAGAAUCUGGAACAGGCACACCAACGUCAGGCGGCCACCUACAACCUGAGGAGACGUCAUCGUGUGUACCAGGUAGGAGAUUUAGUGUUAAAGCGACAGCACACCUUAUCGUCGGCCGCGCAGAAUAUCGCCGCGAAGCUGACGCCAAAAUUUUCGGGCCCCUUCAAGAUCACGCGAAAAUUGUCGUCGGUGGUGUGCGAGUUCGAGCGGUUGGACGGGGGUUCGGGAGGCAAGAGCAGCAUGGAAGACUGGCAAGCAUUCGCACAGAAAUACGCGGAAUUGUGGGACGAACUUGACGACCGAUUUCCCGCGUUCUGGGCGGAGCUCGGGGAACUAGUGGAGUUCUACGAGCGCUCCAGGUAUACCACCGAGGGCGCCGUGGUGAGAGACUUCCCGACCACCAGGGAGGCUGCCACGCAGACCAGGGGUAGCCCAAGGUCCAGGACGCGGGAAACGCAGACGGAUCCGGUCAGGGAGCCGGAAAUAAUCGAGAUAGUGGAGGUUCCCGCGACACCGAUAGCCGCGGAGCUGCCGAAGCCGAGGCCGGCCAAGGGGUGCCGUCACCGCCUGCUGCCGAGGCCGCCCCAUCGGGACAAAGUCUCCUGGCGGAGCGGUUGA